UAGUGGGAUCGCACGGUCAGUACAGAUAAGUCGAAUUCAUACGCACUAAUGGUAACACUAGCACUAUUGCCUCGUGUAUAGUGUAGCGUCGUAACGUAAACAAACAAAUAAUAUGUACUGUAAGUAACUACACCAUUUUACCUGCACGAGUGAUGUUCGAUACAUUCGGACUGGAGAACUAACGGUAAAUGAAUACAAACAACGGCCGGUGAAAGCGUAGAGGAUUUUCAACACAGUGAAAGCCAGUAGUACGGUACACCUGCGCCGCGUCGCCGGACAACAUAACCUCAAAAAUGUCGUUCGCCAUAGCGUCUCUGGUGGUUCUGACGACAGGAGCAGCCGUUUAUUGGUACAUGAACAGACAUAAACCAAUAAAAUAUAUAUUGAGUGAACUGAAGUACACGUUGGACAUGCAAGGGGCUGGCGUCGGCGGUUUAAUCGACGAUUGGGUGAAUGUAAGAAGAAAUAAAAUAGUGUUGCCAGAUGCAGAGAGAAAAGUUGCCGUAGUGACGGGCGGAGCUCGCGGCAUUGGCACUGAAGUGAUAAGAGGAUUGCUCAAAGCAAACAUGACCGUUGUUAUGGGAAUAAGGAAGCCCGAAUUGUCCAAAAAACUAUCUGAAACUAUGGAUAACGGGGAAAAUUUACACGCGUUUCACCUUGAUUUACAAUCUUUGAAAUCUGUCAAACAAUUCGCUGACAAUGUUUUGAAGAAAUUUAAUGAAGUGCACAUUCUAGUCAACAAUGCAGGAAUUAUGUUUGGUGAUUAUAGUGUAACAGAAGAUGGCAUUGAAACCCAAUUGUCAGUUAAUCAUAUUGGUCAUUUUUAUUUGACACAUUUAUUGUUGCCAGCAUUGAAAAGCGCAGGUAAAGUUGGGGAGUCUGCGAGAGUUGUGAAUGUAACAUCAUGUGCGCAUUAUCCAGGAAAAAUAUAUUUUGAUGAUAUUAAUAUGAAAGAACAUUAUGACACCACCGCAGCAUAUGCCCAAUCAAAAUUAGCACAGUUGAUGACUGCAAGAUAUAUAAACAAACUGUUAGAACAAGAAGGCUGCCCGGUCAAGUGCUAUGCUGUUCAUCCAGGAAUAGUCAACACCGAUUUAUUUGAGAAGACACUCUUUAAAAAAGCUUUCCCUUGGGCUAUGAGAAUAUUUUUUAAAUCGCCAGAACGGGGAGCUAUAUCUAUACUUCACGCUUGUUUCAAUAAAGACUUAGAGAACAAAGGUGGUCUAUAUAUAAGCAAUUGUAUAGAAGGAAUUAGUAAUAGUUUUUCAAAAAAUACUGAACACCAAAAAAAAUUGUUUGAAAUAUCAUGUGAAUUGAUUGGUAUUGACAUGAACAUGUAUGGAAAGAGUGUAUGAUAAAGUCAUUAUUUUAAUCUAGAUAAUAAUAGAGGCAAAUAAUAUUUAUAAUAGUUUUAAUUACUGUAACUAGCAAAAAAUUUAUAUAAAAUUGUGUAAAAUGGAAUAUUUAAAAUAAAUAUAUUAAUUGAAUAGUU